AUGGUGGUAUUCUGUAGUCGUGACAAUCUUUACAGUCGAGCGUUCAUUAUUAUCGCAUCACAAAUUACUAUUUGUAGUUUCUUGAACUUUAUCCCACAAAUGGCCAUUGUCUUAGGUGGAAUACUAAAGAAUAAAAGUUGUGCCGAGUACAAGCCAACAUGGGUUAGCGUUAUACUCGCAACUAUAGACACAUUUUCCUUCAUUGCGAUAUUACAUUUUACAUUUCUGUUGGCAGUAAAUCGCCUUGUUGCGAUAAGUUUACCGAAAUUCAGUUCUAUUUUCGAGUCAACAAAAAUUUAUUUUCUUCUCUUCUUGGCAUGGACAUCAAGUUUCGGUAUAAUCCAGCUUUUUUUUCGUUUUAUUUAA